GGUAUUGGGGGGGGGCAGCCCACUUUCGGCUGUCCCGCGGCUUCCCCUCGCUAUCAAGGGGGGAUUUGGGGAUCUCAGCCCCUUCUCCUCCGCCCACCUCGGCAGCCCGAGGGGCCGGCACCGGCCUGCCCCGCCCGUACGGGCUGAUUGGCCGUGUCCCGGCUCCGCCACCGCCUCGGGUCUCUCUGGCUUCCGAGAUGGCGGCGCAGGUGCUGGGCAAGGCGCUGGUGUCCUCCAAAUGGCUGGCCGAGGCCGUGAAAGCCGGGCGGGUCGGGGCCGGCUUGCGGGUGCUCGAUGCCUCCUGGUACCCUCCGCAGGAGCGAAACGCUCGGCAGGAGUUCAGGGAGAGCCACAUCCCCGGGGCGUCUUUCUUUGACAUCGAGGAGUGCCGGGACAAGUCGUCCCCGUACGACUUCAUGCUGCCCAGCGAGGCUGGCUUCGCCGACUACGUGGGGCAGCUGGGGAUCAGCAACGACACCCACGUCGUGGUGUACGACGGGGAUAAGCUGGGCACUUUCUACGCCCCCCGUGCCUGGUGGAUGUUUCGGGUCUUCGGGCACCGGCAGGUGUCGGUGCUGAAUGGUGGCUUCAAGAAUUGGGUGAAGGAGGGCCACCCCGUGACGGCGGAGGUCAGCCAGCCCACACCGGCGGUCUUUAAGGCCAAGCUGGACAAGAGCCUGCUGAAGACCUUCGAGGAGAUGAUGGAGAACGUGGGGUCCAAGCGGUUCCAGGUGGUGGAUUCCCGCCCCGAGGGCCGGUUUCGGGGGACUGAGCUGGACCAAGGGCUGGAAUCUGGUCACAUCCCCGGUGCUGUGAACAUACCCUUCCAAUCAUUCCUAACAGAAACUGGCCACGAGAAGAGUGUCGAGGAGAUUCAACAGAUGUUCCGCGAGAAGAAAGUGGAUCUCUCAAAGCCGCUGACGAUCACGUGCCGUAAAGGCGUCACGGCGUGUCACAUUGCCUUGGCUGCCUACCUGUGCGGCAAGCCUGACGUGUCCAUUUAUGAUGGUUCUUGGUCGGAGUGGUUCCACCGUGCCCCACCUGAGUACAAGGUCUCUGAGAUGAAGCGCAACAAGGCCUAGAGGGAGCCUUGUUUCUUGGGCAGCGAGAUCCAGCAGCUAUCUCCAGCCCAGGCUAGGGGGGAAGUGGAAAUAAAGAAAAAUCAUGCUGAUUUGUAUUUUGGCAAUUUUUCUAAGAAUAAUUUUUAUCACUUCUUACACUUUCUCACAAUGAAAUAAAAUUUACUUCAAAGAUGA